AAUCAAACGCAGCCUGGCCAAUUGAUUGCCGUUGACCAGGCCAAAAACCAGCGGCCUAGUUCCAUCGGGCUGAGGCAGUGUUUAUUUGAAAGGCAAUCUCCACUCGAAGUGCGCGGUCCGGCUUUCAACUCCACGAAGUCUGCGCUCGAGAACCUACUCCUUGAAUAAAUAAAAUGGCCAGCAGGCCAGCAGGCAGGAAAUUUGAAAACAAACAAGAGGCCACAGCAUGGAGAACGCCCCAAGUUGGAUUAAACAUCGACCCCUGGAGCGCGGACUUAACCCGGCGGCAGCUGCUUCAGGUCUGCGUCUUCGCGUGUGUUUGUGUGUUUUUAUAACAUUUGUGGAUUACGCCUAUAAAAACUACACCUCACCGCGGAGCCAGCGGAGGGCACCAGCUACAACAAAGGAUUCAACCUGUCGCACGAGAGAUUACAACGGAGCUGUUUCUUUUAUGGUUUGUUCCGCUUUUGUUUAACGGUCCCGAAGAUCACACGCAAUCCCAAGCAAUUCAUAUCCACCACCGAAGUCAGAAAAACCCGACUCAACGCUACGCAACGCAACUCGACUCAACCGAAACUCGACUCUUACCCCCGGGCACUCAAAAUAGUGUUUUAUUGUUGAAAAUUACACUUCUUUUAUUUAUUUACGUUUUUCUGCAUUUUCUACUGCUCACUCACUCUCACCCAGUUUCAAUUUUUAUAUGUUUAUUACGAUUAUUAUCGUUUAAUGGGGCUUGCUCGCUCGUUAUUGCUGUUUUUGUUAUUGUUGCACCAGUAGUUGUGUCAGACAAACGUGUGAAGUUGUUUUAUUAUUUGUUUUGAUUAUCAAAAUGGGCGUUUUACAUUUUUCCGGUCGUUGGGCGGCCCACCUGCCAUGGGCCCCCAGCUUAUAUACCAUAUCCCAUAACCCCAGGGCAAGGGCAGUAAAUCACAGCCCGCUGUGAGUAGCUGAGUAUCUGGGCAGCAUACACUCAAAAAUGAAUAGCCCUUCUCUUUAAGGAAUUUGUCUUAAAAUAGUAGCGGUUGGUUGCGGCAUUGUGGUUAGAAAUUAAAUCUUAACGUUUAACUUCCAAACCGAAGGCGUACAAUCUAUUUUCGUUACUAAUUCAAAAAAUAUUGUAAAAUUUUUUAAAUGCACAUGCUCCUUUAACAAUUUAAUUUUUAAAUAUUGUUUUUAGUAAUAAUUUUGUAUCCUUAAAAAAAUUGACAAAAAAUAUUAUCAAAAAAAUAUAUUACUAUGAGCAAUAAUAUUCAAGAUUUAAAAAAGUAAUUUCGCUAAUAUACUAAAUUCACGUAAAUUUCUUCCAGUGAUCGAGUGAGAUCGAGUGCACUCAGUGCUGGCCACUCAUUCGCACUCUCCGUAUGACCCAUAAACAUAAACCAAAGUGUGGCAAAAUGUUUAAUUUGGAAUUUAUGAGCAAUUAAUUUUAAAGCACUCGCCCGGCAGUUAACGCUGUUUCUGCCCCUCUCCCCUUUCGGCUACCGCCCACCCUUGGCAAUAAAAGAUUUAACAAGCCAGUGUGCCAAAAAUUGAUUGUUUAUCCAAUCCGCUGAUUGAUCAAUUAUUCAAUUGUUAUCGCCCAAGAUUUGGCAAUCACGUUUGAGCAAGACCAGCAAAACUACCCGAAAGACUAUUAUAAAAGAAUUAACCGACUGAAUGGCCUGGUGAGAAUUCCAUCAAACUGGCAGGUGCAAAAAAAAAUGUAUUUAAAAUUGUUAUGGUAAAUAUAAUCUUAAUGAAGCCAAAGAAAAUGUAUUGAAGUUCUUUAAAGCUGGUGGGAAAAAAAAUUGUAAAUGUAUUAGCCUUAUGCUAUAUUGUGAAUAAAUUGUGAAUUAUUAUUGUUAAUAAUAUGUUUUUAAUAGAACGGAAAACUAAAAAUAUCAACAUAACAUCGAUCUUUUUAAAGCAUAAUGUUAAGUACUGUAUGUAUUUUGUAUGAAUUCAGUUCAGGUAAACAAUCAUUUAAUUCCAUAUACAUAUACAUUGUUUGGAUUGUAGUAUACAUU